AAAACGAGGCAGGUUCAUCCAUUCCCAAACUCAAACUCAAACGACAUCAAAACAUGGACAGGGAACUUGACGUACUUUCUAACUAUAGAGCUAUCAAUAAUAAGCUUAAAAAGCGGUUACUAAAGAAACCUAACUUUGCUGAAGCUAGUGAUCAAUUUGGAACUCUCACUAGGGUCUUGAAGCAGCAGGAGUGCUUGCAAUAUGCAGGAUUCUGCUGUAUUGCCAAGGCGCACUGCCAAAACGCAUUGAACAAUCCUGUGGCUGAGACAGAAGCUUUGGUAGAAGCAGCCAGGCUGUUCUUCAAAGCUGAGAAAGAGAAUGUCGAUGUUAAGUGUCCUGCAUUUGAAGAACAUUUAACAGAGGCUACCCACUGUUUCAAUCAAGCGAUAAAGAUUUACAAGCGGGAAGGACAUCUUGCCUUAGCUGCAAUGAUUUCCUUGGAGGUUGGCAAUAAGCUCAGAGAAGUUGGGAAAAUUCAAGAGGCAUGUGAUCACUUUAUAAGAGCUGCAGAAAUUCAAAGAUCUUACAGUAUUAUUGAUUACCUACAUUCCACAAGAGAAGGCAUCACAUGCCGUAUCAUGACUGGAGAUUAUCACUCUGCACUGAAAAUGCUUUCUGAACUUUCAACAAUAAUUGAAGCUUAUGAGAAGAAAGAACCUUUCAUACUUGUUUCUCAAAGAGAAUUCAUAUGCAGUUGUGAGAUUGAUAAAGUUUUCUUGCUAUUGCUGCUCCAGUCAUCACCCCAGCAACUUAGUAGUGCCUAUGGCAAGGUGAUGGAGAAAUAUAUUUGGGAAAAUCUUGAAGAUUCAAGGCCAGCAUGGCUUCAGGAAGAACUGUUCCAAUUGUUGCAGUCUUUGAUUAUGGCUGUACAAGAAAAAGACACUGAGCUUCUAAAGGAGCUUGAAAAUGACUUAUUUCCGUUUCUCAAGGGGUGGCAGUGCCAAAUUUAUUUUGACUUAAUCAAUAGCUUGAAUCAGGUCGAUUAGAAAAACAUAGUUCUUAUUCUUAAUUUUGUAUUGUUAUGUAAUGAAAUGAAAAUAUACCUAAUGUAUGUAUUUAGACAGAUUGAGGUUUAGUCCUACCUUUUGGCUCAAGUUUGAUUGGGUUCUCUUGGUAAGUCCUUCAAAAUAUUCUGUGAAUGUAGGGUAAAUAUAUAUUCUUAUCAAAAAAGACUUUUAUCUAUACCUCUACUCACAAUAAUCUAUACUUAUAAUGCUUUCUAAGAGUAGCAAGAGAAAUUGACUGCAAACAAUUUUUCUGAAAAGUUUGCCCCUGAACAACAAUUUCUUACUCUCUCCAAUUGUCUUCUUGGUGCUAAAACUUUGAGUUACUGUAAAAGGUGGAAAUUUGAGGAAAAACUUUAUUUCAAGAAAAUUACCUGGAGAUAAGUUUUAAACCAUGAGUUCUAUGCUGAAAUCUGAGAACAGGGCAACUGUCCUCAAUAUAUUUAUGACAAUUGAUGAUCCAACUCUCUCUAAUCUUUGGCCCAAAAGCUCUUAUCUUUUGCUGUUGUGUGUCAGACACCUGGGAUAUUCAUCUACAGACACCUCCAAAACCAUUUUAACACCCCCCCCCACCCUCUUUAUAGACAUAACAGAAAAGCUACCAAGCAUGUUUUGCUGCCGAAACUUCAUAGAAAUGUGCAAGCCCUGCAAGAGAUUACAGCGAAAAUUAUAUCCAACAAUGAAUAUUUUCGGUGACGUCACAUGUUGGUGCUCUAUUCUUCGUUUUCGUAAGGCGAUUCCCUGAUAAGCUAAAAAAAUGCCAAAGUAUGGAAAUUAUUAGCUCAUCUCAGUUCUUCCAGUUAUCGAUAGAAUUUUUGAAAUUUUGUUUAAAAUCAGAUUAGUGAUUUAAACAAGAAAAUUCUUGGAAAGAAAUAGCAAAAUUUUCAAUUUCAAUAUUGUCUUGAUAAAAGAAGAUCUGCUUCUUUAGUAAUUUUGAAGUUUCAAUCUCGAAGAAUAAUAAACGAUAUUUUAGAAUUUAUUUUCUCUUGUAGCACAUUUCUUUCCUUCAAUAAAGAAUUUGACGUUGCUAACUGUUAAUCAUGGCAGACUUAUAUGUGUUCUUUUUUCUCUCUUGGCUUAUUUGAUACUUACGUAAGCAGUUGUAAUAAACGGAGCUACAGCAAAAAAUCUUGAUAUAAACUUCAAUGUUCUACAGAGC